AUUGAAUGAAAGCACUGGACAAUUACCAACAACUUGUUCCUCUGCUGCCUCAAACAGCAUAAACUGGAAUUGUUGUGUGAAAAUGACCCAACAAAUGCAAAAUUUACAUCUCUGUCAGUCAAAAAAGCAUAGUGCUCCCUCAUCUCCCAACGCAGCCAAACGCCUGUACAGGAACCUCUCUGAGAAACUGAAGGGGAGCCACUCUUCCUUCGAUGAGGCCUAUUUUAGGACAAGAACUGAUCGGCUGAGUCUCAGGAAGACCUCAGUGAAUUUCCAGGGCAAUGAAGCCAUGUUUGAGGCAGUCGAACAGCAGGACAUGGAUGCUGUGCAGAUCCUCCUGUGUCAGUAUACACCGGAAGAACUCGACCUUAACACACCUAACAGCGAGGGCUUGACACCCCUGGAUAUUGCCAUCAUGACCAACAAUGUGCCCAUUGCGAGGAUUCUUCUGAGGACAGGGGCCCAAGAAAGUCCACACUUUGUCAGCCUGGAAAGCCGAGCAAUGCACCUCAACACACUGGUCCAGGAAGCCCAGGAGAGGGUGAGUGAACUGUCUGCCCAGGUGGAGAAUGAAGGAUUCACUCUGGACAACACAGAGAAAGAGAAACAGCUGAAAGCUUGGGAGUGGAGAUAUCGGCUCUACAGACGCAUGAAAACAGGCUUUGAGCAUGCCAGAGCCCCUGAGAUGCCAACCAAUGUCUGUCUCAUGGUAACCAGCAGUACAUCACUCACUGUCAGCUUCCAAGAACCUCUUAGCGUCAAUGCAGCUGUAGUUACCAGGUAUAAAGUGGAAUGGAGUAUGUCCAAAGAUUUUUCUCCUUUGGCUGGAGAAAUCAUCAUGGAUAAUCUGCAGACUCUGAGAUGCACAAUCACAGGACUUACAAUGGGCCAACAGUAUUUUGUUCAAGUCUCGGCUUACAAUAUGAAAGGAUGGGGACCUGCUCAGACCACAACACCGGCAUGUGCCUCUCCUUCUAACUGGAAAGACUAUGACGACAGAGAGCCCAGACACAAGGGACAGAGUGAAGUUUUGGAAGGUCUGCUGCAGCAGGUCCGAGCCCUUCAUCAGCAUUACAGUUGCCGGGAAAGUUCAAAAUUACAAACCACAGGCCGCAAGCAGUCAGUCUCAAGGAGCCUGAAACACCUGUUCCAUUCCUCAAACAAGUUUGUGAAGACCUUAAAACGGGGACUCUACAUAGCCGUUAUAUUUUAUUAUAAAGACAAUAUCUUAGUCACCAAUGAAGACCAAGUACCAAUUGUUGAAAUAGAUGACUCUCACACCAGUUCUAUUACACCAGAUUUUCUGUGGUUCACGAAGCUGUCUUGUAUGUGGGAAGAUAUAAGGUGGCUGAGACAAAGCGUACCAGUAUCCUCAUCCUCAUCCACAGUGCUGCAAACUCGGCAGAAGAUGCUUUCAGCAACAGCACAGCUACAGAAUUUACUUGGGACACACAACUUGGGAAGAGUUUACUAUGAGCCCAUUAAAGAUCGACAUGGAAACAUACUCAUAGUCACCAUCAGGGAGGUGGAGAUGCUUUAUUCAUUUUUUAAUGGCAAAUGGAUGCAGAUCUCAAAGCUGCAAAGCCAGAGAAAGUCUCUAUCAACACCUGAGGAGCCAACAGCGUUAGACAUUUUACUGAUAACCAUCCAGGAUAUUCUCUCCUAUCACAAAAGGAGUCAUCAGCGUCUCUCUCCUGGAUUAUAUCUGGGUUACCUAAAGCUCUGUAGCUCUGUGGAUCAAAUCAAAGUUCUCGUUACCCAAAAGUUGCCCAACAUUCUCUGCCACGUAAAGAUCCGUGAAAACAAUAACAUUUCUAGAGAGGAAUGGGAAUGGAUCCAAAAACUUUCUGGCUCUGAAUCUAUGGAAAGUGUGGAUCAUACUUCUGACUGCCCCAUGCAAUUGUUCUUCUACGAGCUCCAGAUGGCAGUGAAAGCUCUCCUUCAGCAGAUCAAUAUACCUCUACACCAGGCAAGGAACUUCCGCCUCUACACACAGGAGGUGUUGGAAAUGGGUCACAAUGUGUCCUUUCUUCUCCUGCUCCCUGCCUCAGACGACGUCUGUACAGCCCCAGGACAGAAUAAUCCUUACACCCCACACUCAGGGUUUCUUAACCUCCCUCUUCAGAUGUUUGAACUUGUUCAUUUUUGCAGCUACAGAGAGAAAUUUAUUAGUCUGUAUUGCCGCCUUUCUGCUGUUGUGGAACUGGAUUCUCUGAAUACCCAACAGUCCCUCAGGGAAGCGAUCUCGGACAGCGAGGUUGCAGCUGCCAAACAAAGACACCAGCAAGUUUUAGAUUUCAUUCAGCAAAUAGAUGAAGUUUGGCGGGAAAUGAGAUGGAUCAUGGAUGCUCUACAGUAUGCAAGAUACAAGCAACCAGUUUCUGGCUUGCCCAUCACUAAGCUGAUAGAUCCCUCAGAUGAGCAGAACCUAAAGAAGAUUAGUUCUACAUCAUCAUCACAUAUAGACUGUCUUCCAUCCCCACCCCCAUCCCCAGAGAUGCACAGAAGAAAGGCAGUGAGUGAUUCACAGCCCUGCUCUGAUGAAGAAGGCUGCUCAGAAGUCUUCCUCCCCACCGACAGUGACUAUGACUCCAGCGAUGCCCUGAGCCCCCGAGACCUGGACCUGGUCUACCUGUCAUCGCACGACAUUGCGCAGCAGACCCUUAUUGGCCUAAGCGGCAGCGCCCCCGACGUCCUACAAGUGCACGACGUGAAAACCCCACUGGGGCCUGGCCAGGAUCCCCAGGGCGAGGGCCCAAAUCCCGAUCGCUCAUGUGCUGAGUUCCUCCAUAGCCUGACCCUCACGGGAUUCACACCCAAGAACCACGCCAAGACUGUGUCAGGUGCGCGGCCGCCGCUAGGCUUCCUGGGAAAACGGAAGCCAGGCAAGCACCCCCACUACGGCGGCUUCAGCCGCCAUCAUCGCUGGUUGCGAAUGCACAGCGAGACCCAGUCGCUAUCGCUCUCUGAGGGCAUUUACACACAGCACCUGUCCCGGGCCUGUGGUCUGGCCCAGGAGCCCGAGGAGGCCAAGCGGCCCGGCCCUGCCCUUGAUGGUCCCAGGGGCCUAACUCUGGCCCACGCUGCCAGUCUUCCUGAGGAGCGGAACAGCAGUCCCCAGGACGGGAGGCCUUCGAUCCGCCGCCUCUACGUGGAGCCUUACACAGCGGCCCUGGUGGCCCAGGAUGAAAAACCAUGGGCUGGCUUGAGCCCGCCCUCUGGAGGCCGCAGCACCCUGCCCAGCCCCACAGGCCCCGAUGUGAGCCAGGAGGACCCCACUGCCUCUCCCGUGUCAGAAAUACUCAGCAGCAUGCUUUAG